CCUAUUGAAGAUCUCUCUCUCUCCCCUCUCUCUCUCUCUUUCUUUAACCUAUUGUUUUAGCCUUAUAAUGCUACAAAGUUUUUGUACAAAAAUCAUCUCAAUUCUUGAAUCUUUCUUUCUUUCUUCAUCUUCUUGAAUCAAUUUUUUUUUUUUUUUUGUAUUUUUUUUAGAAAUAUGGGGAGCAAUUAUUUUGGUGAAUUAAACAUGGGAAAUGAAAGAUCAUCAACAUCAUCAUCAUCAGGAUCAUCAAGAAAAAGCAAGAAAAAUAAUUCAGAAAAACCAAAUAAACAACCACAAAGAGGACUUGGUGUUGCUCAAUUAGAAAAAAUUAGAUUGCAUAGUGAAAUGGGUGCUAAUUAUCUUCACAAUAAUAAUAUUCCUUAUGUCAACAAUUUCUCACAGGAGGAUAUGAGAUUACAAACAGCAUAUUCAUCAUCUUCAUCUUUUACACACUCAUCAUCUUCUUCUACUUAUGGUUUUCCAAACCACCAAGGCAUUAUGAUGGGAAUGAGUGGCAUUGAAGGAGGAAAUAUCAGAUAUGGAGAUUCUCAGCCUAAUUCUAGACUAAGUACUUGGCAUCCUGGCACAGUGUAUGACCCUCAAGUUUAUGCUCAACCUAAUAUGACUAGACAUCACCAUCACAUGCAAGUAGAGGAUUCAAUGGAAAGGAGGAGAAAGAAAGAUAGAAGUGACUCUAUUGGUUCAAAUAGUCAAAAUUCUGAAUCAAAUGAGUUAGAUUUGGAGCUCAGACUUUCACUUUGAUUUACUACUGUUAUUAUGGAUUUGAAUAUAUGUUAUGAUAUUUAGCUAAUAGUUUUUUUCUUUCUUUUUUUUUGGAAAAAAUAGAAAGCACCCUUUGGUUUGGAAUUUGCAAAUGUUGCACAGGUUUAUUAAUUUGAGCAACUUAUUGAAAUUCACUAGUCUUUUUUAGGAGGAAAUAAAAAUAAUUAAAAAAAAAAAGCAAAAAGUGUAAUUGAAGGGAAUUGAAUUCCUAUUUAAAAAAUUGGAAAAAAAAUAUUAUCUAUUGAUGUGCUAUAUUUUCCAUUUAAUGGAGGGGAAUUGUGAUCUUUCA